UCGAUGAGCUUAGCUUAAAGAAACAAAAAAGUUGGAAGCAGGUGAGCUCUCGUGACCCAAGAACGCGAUGAGCUCUCCCCAAUUUCUUCAUCUCUUGAAACUCGAAAAACAAAGCCCAGUUCUCCAAAUACCCACAAUUCCUCUUGCUUUCUUUUAGUAUUUGAAUUCUCCGCAAGUUCUUGUUACAAAAUUCCAUGGAUGCAGCAGUCCACCAAGUCUCACUCUUUAAUCCAUCCUCAUUCAUCACCACCACUUACAAAAAACGUUCAUAUCCAAGAAUUUAUACUCGUCAAUUAAAAUUAUCCAUUAAACUCUCCGCCCAUAACAACCUCCGUUACUCUUGUGGGGUUCCCUCAAAUUUUCAAAAUUCCAGGUGUAAUUAUAAUUCUAGGAUUUGUCUGUCAGUUAAAGGAAAUGGGGUUUUUCAGAAUGCCCAAGAUUCAUCUGGGUCAUGUUUAAGAAUACAGUUUUUAGAGUUGUUGCUCAAAAAAGGAUUGGUUUUGGCUGCUGUGCUAUGUGGGGUUGUUGUAAUUGGGUGCAGACGAGUUCUUGCUGUUGAAGGGGUUUUAAAUGGGGGAUAUAAUGGGGUUAUAGAGCAGAGUUUGGUUCUGUUGAGGAGUUCUUGGCCUACAGUUUUGCAGCUUCUCAGGGUUUUUAAAGAGCAAGGGUUGGUUCUUGCGGCGCUGCUUAGUCUUUCAGCUUUUUUCUCAAUGGCUGAGACCUCAAUCACUACUCUUUGGCCUUGGAAGGUACGGGAGUUGGCUGAAAAAGAAUCUGACAGUGAGGGAGUCUUCAAAAUGUUGAGGAGUGAUGUUACUCGAUUCCUUACAACUAUACUCAUUGGAACAACUGUUGUCAAUAUUGGAGCUACAGCAUUAGUUACUGAGGCUGCAACUGCAGUAUUUGGUGAAGCUGGUGUGAGUGCGGCAACUGGAGUUAUGACGGUUUUAAUCCUACUCCUAACGGAAAUUACUCCAAAAAGCAUAGCUGUUCACAAUGCUACGGAGGUUGCUAGGUUUGUGGUUAGGCCAGUGGCAUGGCUUUCCUUGAUACUAUAUCCAGUUGGAAGAGUUGUGACAUAUCUAUCAAUGGGAAUGCUAAAACUCCUCGGCUUGAAAGGAAGAAGUGAACCAUACGUCACUGAAGAUGAAUUGAAGUUGAUGCUGAGAGGGGCAGAGUUAAGCGGCGCAAUUGAGGAGGAAGAGCAGGAUAUGAUUGAAAACGUGCUGGAGAUAAAAGAUACCCAUGUCAGAGAGGUAAUGACACCUCUUGUUGAUGUAGUUGCAAUCGAUGCAAGUGCAACUUUAGUUGAUUUCCAUAGUUUUUGGGUGACACAUCAGUACUCCAGGGUGCCUGUUUUUGAGCAACGUAUAGAUAAUAUUGUUGGCAUUGCAUAUGCCAUGGAUCUCCUAGAUUAUGUACAAAAGGGAGACUUGCUGGAAAGUUCUGUGGUGGGAGACAUGGCUCAUAAACCUGCAUACUUUGUUCCUGAUUCUAUGUCUGUGUGGAACCUUCUAAGAGAGUUCCGCAUCAGAAAGGUACACAUGGCUGUUGUUCUAAAUGAAUAUGGAGGAACUAUUGGAAUCGUAACCCUUGAAGAUGUGGUCGAGGAAAUUGUUGGUGAAAUCUUUGACGAAAAUGAUUCAAAAGAGGAAAUCCAGAAAAAAACUGGCUAUAUCGUCAUGCGGGCUGAGGGAAUAUAUGAUGUUGAUGCAAACACCUCUAUUGACCAGCUCUCUGAAGAUCUCAAUAUUAAAAUGCCAGAGGACCAUCAAUAUGAGACGGUCUCUGGCUUUGUCUGCGAAGCAUUUGGAUAUAUCCCAAGGACAGGUGAGAGGAUUAAGGUUAUACUGGAAAGGGGAAAUGAAGAUGAGGACAACAAUUAUAAUGACACAGAAUCUGAUCGAGCAGACCAAACUGAGAAGAACCAAAUGUUUAAGCUUGAGAUAUUAGCAGGGAAUGCCAGAAAGGUCAGUGCUGUUCGAUUUGAACGGCUCAAUCAUGACGAUGAAGAAACAGAGACCAAUGAGGUAACACGCCUCAUUCCCAAAAUUAUGACUAGGAAGCGGAAAAAUAAUGGAGGCUCAGAUAGAAGCAAUCACAACGAGAUCUCUUUUAUGGAGAGGAGAGAAGAAGAUGACCGUUCCAACAAUUUUGUUAUGGCCGAACAUGAGGAGAAUCAUGAUAUUGCCAAUAAACAAUAGCUGCAUGAGUUAUCUCAUUCUUUUAUAUAAAUUUCAUUGUAAAUGCCGGGUCAGGUGCUUGAAUGGUGUUCAGUUUCCAAAUUGGAAAGGGUUGUUUUGGCUGAGGACUUUUAUCAAUCAUCGCUGCACCAUAAGCUCUACUAAUUUUGAGUCUUGUAAGAGUUAUGCUGCUGCUUAAGCUGGUCAUGGUGGAGGCAGGUCUUUCGGUUAGAUUUUUCUUGGCGAUAGCAUCACAACAGUAGGAGUGGAUGUGGGACUAUUGGCUCUAGUGUUGAGAUUCUCCCUCUCGUCUCCUUUUUGGCAAUCCCAGAGCUGGUCUUGCAGGAAAGCAAGUCAAAUGAUUGCAGCAGCCUUCAAAAGUACUCUAACAUUUGGCAGUAGGACCUUUAUAAUGUGUCCACAUUACAGUUGUUGGAUGUCAAUCAUAGUAGUACUGGCUGGUGUAGAGAGAUGAUGUAAGGGGCAAACCAUCUCUACUUGCGCAAACUGCCGGGUAAAGAUGUCUCUAUUUCUUCUAUCCGCAAGGGGUUCUUGGGGAGGGAGGGUGUAAAAAAUAUAUGUAUUUGCUUAUGGUUGAGUCCUAUACCUUGGUAGAAUUAUGUUAUUGUUGAUCCAGGGGAAUCCUUUUUGUUCAUUUUUCAAUAUUAGCACACUCCUGUGAGACGGGAGCUGCUUUAAUCACUUGACAAAGCACUUCUUAUAUAUCACCUGUAAUGUAAUCAGGAUCCUCGUAUGUCUCUUGCGUCCAUUCUUCACCAUGAGGCAGUUCAGAGGUCAUCAUUUUAUGUCA